CCUGGCGCGGAAGAAGCGCACCUCCCUCCCACUGGAGCCAAAAUGGAUCCGAGGCGCAGUAAGCAAAUUGAGGGAAGUCGUGUUGACUCGGAAAUGAAAGGGAACAAUUUGACGGGCUAAAGAACCAAGUUAAACAACUUCUUUAACAACGCAGGUAGGCGGCCAUGGCGCAGCGACGCGGCGCCUGCACGUGGAAGCGACACAUCUGCGAGCAGCUCAAGCUUCGCGACCGUCUGCAGCGGCACGGCUUCGAGGAGCUCGUCCAUCAGUACAAUCGUCUGCUGGAGAAGUCGGACCUGCGCGCCGUCCUGUCGGAGCGCUACCAGGCGGACAAGUACGAGGUCGCACGAGGACACGAUGCCACGGCGGCGACGGACGGGGGUCGCGGCGACGCGCUAGUGCUGCAGCAGGAGAUGGCCGACAUGAGGAUCCGCCAUCAGGAGGAGCUGACAGAGCUGCACAAGAAACGAGGAGAGCUGGCGCAAACCGUCAUUGAGCUCAACAACCUGAUCCAGCAGAAGGACAAGGAGAUUCAAAGCAAUGAAGCCAAGAUGCUGGAGUACCAGCAGCAGACGGCUGCCCUGGAAGGAGACUGUCGAGAUCUCAACAGCUGCCUGCAGGACCUGGAGCGAGCCAACCAGACUCUGAAGGACGAGUACGACGCCCUGCAGAUUACCUUCAGUGCCCUGGAGGAGAAACUGAGGAAGACCACGGAGGACAACCAGGAGCUGGUCUCGCGCUGGAUGGCCGAGAAGGCUCAGGAAGCCAACCGGCUCAACGCGGAGAACGAGAAGGACAGCAGACGGCGACAGGCCAAACUGCAGAAGGAGCUGGCGGACGCCGCCAAAGAACCGCUCCCCGUCGACCCGGACGACGACAUUGAAGUUCUGGCCGAGGAUUCCGGCAAGGCGGGAGGCGAGCAGCCGCACGGCCGAGCGCUCGGCAAAACUCCCAGCAAGAAAAUCUCCCAGAUGCCCCCUGGUGGUCUGCUGGAUUCCAUCUCCAACAUUUUCGGGCGGCGAGGCGCAAACUCCUUGAGUACGUCUCCGGAAAACAGCGAAGUGCCGCCGGGGGCCAGCGUGGACGUUCGAGUCCCGUCCACAGCGCUGCAUGUUUUCGAAGCGCACGACGGCGAGGUGAACGCCGUGCGCUUUGGCCCCGGCUCACGUGUCUUGGCAACGGGAGGCAUGGACCGCAGGGUGAAGCUGUGGGAGGUGGUGUCAGGUCGCUGUGAGCCCAAAGGAGCGUUGACCGGCAGCAACGCCGGAAUCACCAGCAUCGAAUUUGACAGCACGGGAUCCUACCUGUUGGCUGCCUCCAAUGACUUUGCCAGUCGCAUCUGGACUCUGGAUGACUACAGACUGAGGCACACGCUGACCGGACACAGCGGGAAGGUUCUGUCGGCUCGCUUCCUGCUGGACAACGCUCGCAUUGUGUCGGGAAGCUACGACCGAACCCUGAAGCUGUGGGACCUCCGCAGCAAAGUCUGCAUGAAGACUGUGUUCGCCGGCUCCAGCUGCAAUGAUAUCGUGUGCACCGAGCAGUGCGUGAUGAGCGGACACUUUGACAAGAAGGUCCGCUUCUGGGACAUCAGGGCAGAGAGCAGCGUGCGGGAGCUGGAGCUUCUGGGCCGGGUGACAUCUUUGGACCUGAACCAGGACCGCAGCGAGCUGCUGACCUGCUCCAGAGACGACCUGCUCAAGAUCGUGGAUCUGCGCGCCAACGCCGUCAGGCAGACUCUCAGCGCCGAGGGCUUCAAGUGCGGUUCCGACUGGACCCGGGUGACUUUCAGCCCCGACGGAAACUAUGCGGCCGGCGGCUCGGCGGACGGCGCGCUGUACAUCUGGAACGUUCUGACCGGGAAGUUGGACAGAACACUGGAGCGCAGUCACAACUCGGCCAUCAACGCCGUGUCGUGGUCGCCGUCGGGCGUGUACGUGAGCAGCGUGGAGAAGGGCAGCAAGGCCAUCCUGUGGUCCGACAUGUGACGGAAGGAAGGACCGGACUCCGUCCCGCCUUCGCCUUUUCUUUUUAAUAUCCGACGCCAGGCCGAUGUCGGCACUCGGCCCAAUCGCCAGCCAGCCAGCCCGCCAAGUCCUGAUCCGGUGGGCUCGGCCCUGACCCGCCCCUACAAAACGGCGUACUUGCGCCAUUACGGGCGGGACCUGCGCUGUCCGCCUGUCAAUAUCAUGUUGACUUUGUGCACGUAGCAAGUGAUUAAAGACGUCCAAGCCACCCUGGCCCGGCUCUCGACCGAGGAGGACAAAGUGCAGGCCGAGCAGGUGCGGUGGCGCCGUGGGCACCUUCGAGCUGCGUCGAGCAGCUUCGUGCCUUCAUGAAAGUCCAGUCGGCCCGCGCAAACGUAUUAUCCCAUUUUAUUGUCAAUGGUAUUUUCAUGUAUUGAUUGGUUGUGGCAUUUGAAAUGCAAAGUGGCUUGCUGAAGAUGCAACAUUGAUCAAACUUGCUGUA